AUGAACUUCAUCACCCGAAUGGGAAAGAAAGCCAUGGCCGCAGCGGCGUCUGUGGUUGAAGAAAAGCCAGUCAACGAAGAGAACGUGAAGGAGAACGCCGUAAAGGAAAAGAAGCAGACGGCUCCCAAGGCGACCGAGAAGGGAGAGAAAAAUCAGAAGACCCCAAAGAAUGAGAAGAAGGUGACUCCCAACACGGGAGGCGAAGGAACGGCAAAUGUGCAACUCAACGGAAGCGUAAACAAAAAGGAAAAAGAGGUGGAUGCCAAGAAGAACAACAAUGCGAAGAAUAACAAUGCGAAGAACAACAACGCGAAGGAGAACAACGCCAGUGGUGCGAAUAACAGUAACGCUGAGCAGAACCAGAACACGCCAAAGAAGAAAAAGAAGGUGAACAAAAAUAGCAAGAAGGAGGAUGCUCCAGUGGGGAAUAUAAACGAGGAAUCCAUGGAGGAGGAGAAGGUGAACGAGAGCCCAGCGCAAGGCAAGGCCAAGGGGGCGAAAAAGACCGACGGGAAGAAAGCGGAUGAAAAGAAGGCAGAUACGAAGAAGGUGGAUGAGAAGAAAGCCGCUGAUGUGAAGGCCGAUGCGAAGAAAACCGACGUGGUGAAGGAAGAACCCAAAGACGAAGCGAAGAAGGACAUGAAAAAGGAACUCAAGCUGAAGGAAGAUGAGAGGAAAAAAAUCGAAAACGAUUUAAACAAAAAGUUUCUAAAGCUUAGCAAACAGGAUAACAGUAAAAAUAUCAACGACAAAAUGGAGGCAGAAGUGAAGAGGAAGGCGGAGUACGAAAAUUUAAUCGCCUCAAUCAACACAUCCAUUGCGAAAAUAAAUGCACAAACGGCGAGACCAACAAACAUGAAAAUGUCUUCUGCAGAUGUAGAGAAUAAAUGCAAAGAAGCUAAACUGAAGAAGAAAAAAAUGAACCCAAAAAAUGAAGAAGAAAUGGAAGAAGUAAACACGUACAUAAAUUACCUAGAGGAACAAUUAAAUAUAACGAAAAAUUACGAAAAUUUUAAAAAUUUCCAAAACAGGUUGAUCACCUUGAAAAAGACAUGUGAGGAAAAGUUAAAGGAGAAUGUGAAAAGUAUGUCGGAAAUUAAAGGCCAAGAAAAGAAACUACGAUUUGUUGAUAAAAUAAUAAAAUUUAAAAAAGAAAAACAUAACGUAACGAUUGUGGAGGCGGACAUCACGAACAAGGAAUUUGUCAUGGCUAGCGAUAAAUACAACCAGCUAAUUAAGCCCUUCAAUUUUAUGAAUAAGAUACAGAGCAAAUAUGUUGUAUACGUAGACAAAGUGAAUAACAACAACUUUGAGAAUAAAGUGUCCUUGCUCAUUUCAGGAUGUAAGGAGGAUAUAGAAAAUUUCAUAACGCAUGUAAAGAAUCUAGACUUGACGGAAAAGAAUUACUUAUAUAUGCCUAAUAGGACCUUUAAAGCUAUGCUGAAUAUGCAUGAAGGUAGCUUUAAAAAAAUGGAGGAAGAGACAAAUGUGUUGCUGCACAUAGAUAACGACACGUUGUACUACUGCGGAAUGAAGGGCGAUAUAGAAAAGUUGAAGGAAAUAAUCGAAAAGGCAAGCAAUGAACAAAGUGCCAACACGAAGAAUAUUUCCAAGGAUAUCAAAUUGGAUUCUGUCCUGGGAAGAGGAUUCAACAAAAGUUUACUAAAAGGAAUAGAGGUUAAAACCAACACAUUUAUCCGCAUGAACUACGAUCCUAAAACUUUCGAAGCGUCGGCAACCAUUAAGGGAAACAAAUCGAGCGACAUAGAAGAAGCAGAGGAAAAACUGAACGAAAUUAUUAAAGGAUUGGAAUCCAAAUUUAUAGAAUUCGACGAAAGGGAAAUGUUCAACCUGUACAAAAAAUGUGCCUACGAAUUGAAUGACAUAAAAAUGAAUUUAAACCUUUUCGUUGUGCGUCAUGAUAAUGGUAUUAGCUUGGUAGGAAAAGGAGAAAAUAUUCAAAAAGGAUUGGAAAUUUUGGACUAUGUGAAAAAUAUCAUAUCCUCUAAAUCGGUGAAGAAAAAGGUAACUGAGGAGGAGGCCUACCUAUUCAACGCCAACUACAGAAACUACAUAAAAGCACAAACUGGCGCGGAGGUAAAAAUAUUUAACAAAACGAAUUAUAAAGAAUUAAACAUAAGUGGAAAUAAAAAUGAUAUAGAUAAUGCGUUACAACUAAUCGAUGAGUUACUGGAGAAGAGAAAAUGUGUGCACGUUGAAAUUACUGAAAAGGUCAUUGCCAUGCUGUUAUCAUCCAAAGCGCAAAAAAUUAAGGAAAUUGAAAAAGACACUUCAACAAGCAUUCAGAUAAACAAAAAUAACCACGUUGCACAGAUUUAUGGACAUGAAGAAAAUAUAGCCCUAGCUAAGGAUGUUUUGCAAAACCUUUUACAAUCAUCGUCCGAUGAUAUGGAAGAAAAAUAUAACCCCAAUAAUAAUUACAUCACCGUCGAAAUGGUUGUCGAUACAGAAUACAUUGGAAGCAUUAUUGGAAAGAAAGGUAGAACCAUUAAUAAAAUCCAGGAAGAAACAUUUGCCAAAAAAAUACACAUCGAUAAGGAUAGUAAGAAGGUCCUAAUUCAAGGAACACCCAAAACGGUUGAGGCGGCACAGAAGGAAAUUUUAAAAAUUCUUAACAGAAGUAAGGAAGAAAAUGGCCAGUAUAAUAACUACCAAAACGAUCGUUAUAAAAACUUCAGUCAUUCGUUGACACCAAAUAGGAGGACCACCUACCAUAGCAGCAGCAACAACAACACCAGGUCAGGCAACAAGUCUUCUUACCGACCCGAUUCGGCCAAAAACGGCGUCUACAUAAACACGAAUGAUGAGAAGGCCUUCCCCAGCCUCCACGACGUCAGUAACAUUCAAUCCAGGAAGACCAAGAAGGCCAUUAACCAGGCCAACGUGAAGAAGCAAGACGAGGAGCAGCAGGCAGCCGAAGAAGCGGCGGCGGCAGCGGCAGACAAGCAGUAG